UGGCUUGUGUAGUGAGAACUACAUCUCCCAGCAGGCCGCGGGAGGGGCGGGUAGGAGGACCGCUGCGCUUCCCACAACUUCCUGGAGGCACUUGGGCUCCCACCUUGGAAAGGAUGGAGGUGACUGAGGGUGUCGGGGCUCCGGAACCCGGCGAGAUCCGGAAUCUAAAGCCGUGUCUACUGCGCCGCAACCACAGCCUCGAACAGCACGGUGUGGCUGCCUCCUGUCUGGAGGAGCUGAGGAGCAAGGCCUGUGACAUUCUGGCCAUUGAUAAGUCUCUGACACCAGUUACCCUGGUCCUGGCAGAGGAUGGCACCAUAGUGGAUGAUGAUGAUUACUUCCUGUGUCUACCUUCGAAUACUAAGUUUGUGGCAUUGGCCAAUAAUGAGAAGUGGGUAUACAGCAAUUCAGAUGGAGGUACAGCUUGGAUUUCCCAAGAGUCCUUUGAUAUAGAUGAAACAGACAGCGGGGCAGGGUUGAAGUGGAAGAAUGUGGCCAGGCAGCUGAAAGAAGAUCUAGCCAACAUCAUCCUCCUGUCAGAGGAGGACCUCCAAGUGCUCAUCGAUGUUCCAUGUUCAGACUUGGCUCAGGAACUAUGCCAAAGUUGUGCCACCAUCCAGGGGCUCCAGAACACACUCCAGCAGGUGCUUGACCAGAGAGAGGAGGCCCGCCAGUCCAAGCAACUCCUGGAGCUUUAUCUACAGGCUUUGGGGAAGGAGGGCAGCACCUUGUCAAAGCAGGAAGAGUCCAGAGCUGGUUUCAAUGAAGAAGUAGAUGCAGUUGACACGUGUGUCAGCAGAGAGCUCUCCUCUGAAAUUGCACUGACAGGCCAGAUCCUCACUGCACUGAAGGAGAAGCCUGCUCCAGAGCUGAGUUUAUCUAGUCAGGAUUUGGAGUUGGUUACCAAAGAAGACCCCAGAGCACUGGCUCUUGCUUUGAACUGGGACAUGAAGAAGACGGAAAACGUCCAGCAGGCCUGUAAGCAGGAGCUCACCCUGCGCCUGCAGCAGAUCCAGAGCCUGCAUUCUCUCCGGAACAUCUCAGCAAGGAAGAAUUCACUAUCUGAAGAACCGCAGACUCCUAAACGAGCCAGACAAGAUCCCACAUAGUUAAAGCUGGAAAUAUGCCAGAGAAAAACCUGUGGCCUUGUUUUUGUUAUCCGUAAAUACCUUUAGCCUGAUUAUUUUACUACCUACACACUAUCCUACCUCUUGCCUUUGAGUAUGUUCUGGAUCAGGUUGGAAGGCUAGCUUUAUGCUCCCUCCAGAAAAGCUGUUCCAAGUCUCUACAUGCCCCACUACUGGUUUUGAAUGAUAGAGCCACACCAACGGUGUCCCACCUCCUCUAAUUGUGUUUUCUUGUGUUCCCUGUUUAAAAGUACUUGUCAAGGGCAAUGAAAAGAAACUGUCUUAUUUUUGAACUCCUUAUCCUAAAACUGGAAGUGCAGAAUUUAAACACAGAUAAUGUAAUAAAAAGUAACACGUGACAUAACAGAGCAUUGAUUAUGGCC